AUGGUGACAUAUGCAUUCUCUUGUGAAAGAUUUACAUUUGAAGAAGGCUUCGACGAUCUAUUUUCAUCGAAGUUGGGGUUUUGUUCACAUUAUGUUCGGACAUGGGCAAUCGGCACUUUUGAAAGUAUAAACAUGGAAGGUUUCCACGAGCGUAGUACACAGUUUAUAUAUCCGAAUGAGCAAACUAGCUGCGUCUCAUCACCAUUUUAUGAUAUGAUACCUGGUGGUACUAUUGAAGUGAACGUAUUUAUGGCUAAUCAUUUGUCUUUUGAUCUAAUACAAGUUACGGUAUUGGAUGAACACAAUGCAGAUGCAGGCACAGCUACCAAAUGGGGUGCUGACUUUGCUGAAGGCUGGAGCACUAUUCAAAUUACCAUACUAGGCAACUCACCGUUCAGGGGCCUUAUUACUAUUUUAGGCCGGGCUGCGGCACAUUCUACAGUCUUAGUAGAUUCUAUUCGGUAUUUACCGCCCGGAAUAUCCGAAAGCGAUUGCUUACUAUAUGAAACAGAUGAUGAUGAGAGCAAUAAUGUUACCACUGACGGUAAUAUCAUUGAUACCACCGAUGUUACAAUCGAUCACACCACAGAUUCUACCACCGAUAAUAUCACUCACAAUAUUACGGAUGUUACAAACUAUGAUACUACCACCGGUGAUGCAAAUAAUAGUACAGAUGGUACUACUUUUGCUGUUACCGAUGAUGCCUCUGAUUAUACCACGGAGAACAUCUCUAAUGACAGUACGGAUGUUAUCCCCACUGAAUCUACAAUAAGAGAGAGUGAGGAAGAUAUUUCGACAAGCCCAAACCCCAUUAGCAAAGAUGGUUUAUUUGCCCGACUUAAGAUGGCAAUAUUAGUUGCUGUGAAUGUCUCCGCUGAAGUAGUAGCACCUAAACCCGCGUGCCAAUGCCAAAACAAUUUACCUUAA